AUGAUUCAGGAGUGUGUCAGCUACCUUCAGAUCUCUAGGAGAGUGGGGCCUCUGGGUACACCCCCCAAACCCCCCCAGCUGUGGCCAUCUAAACGCUUGUUUCAAGGAAGCUGGGAGGGGCUGAGCCAGGUGCCGGACGAGGAGCUGCUGCGCUGGAGCAAGGAGGAGCUGGCGCGGCGGCUGCGGCGCGCCGAGGGCGAGAAGGUGGGCCUCAUGCUGGAGCACGGCGGCCUGAUGCGCGACGUGAACCGGCGGCUGCAGCAGCACCUGCUGGAGAUCCGCGGCCUCAAGGACGUGAACCAGCGGCUGCAGGACGACAACCAGGAGCUACGCGAGCUCUGCUGCUUCCUCGACGACGACCGGCAGAAGGGGCGCAAGCUCGCGCGCGAGUGGCAGCGCUUCGGGCGCCACGCGGCCGGCGCCGUGUGGCACGAGGUGGCCCGCUCGCAGCAGAAGCUGCGCGAGCUCGAGGCGCGCCAGGAGGCCCUGCUGCGCGAGAACCUGGAGCUCAAGGAGCUGGUGCUGCUGCUGGACGAGGAGCGCGCCGCGCUGGCGGGGGGCGCGGGCGGCGCGGGCGGCGGCGGCGGCGGCGGCGCGGGCUCCCGCAGCUCCAUCGACAGCCAGGCCAGCCUGAGCGGGCCGCUGGCGGGCGGCGCGGCGGGCGCGGGGACCCGCGACGUGGGCGACGGCAGCAGCACGUCCAGCGCGGGCAGCGGCGGCAGCCCGGAUCACCACCACCACGUCCCGCCCCCGCUGCUGCCCCCCGGGCCGCACAAGGCCCCCGACGGCAAGGCUGUAGCCACGCGCAGGUCCCUGGACGACCUGUCGGCGCCACCGCACCACCGAAGCAUCCCCAACGGCCUGCACGAUCCCUCAUCCACCUACAUCAGGCAGCUGGAGACCAAGGUGAAGCUGCUGGAGGGUGACAAGAUCCUUGCACAGCAGGCGGGCUCCGGAGAGUUCCGGACGCUGCGGAAGGGCUUCUCCCCGUACCACUCGGAGUCCCAGCUUGCGUCCCUGCCACCCUCCUACCAGGAUUCCCUGCAGAACGGCCCAGCCUGCCCCGUCCCCGAGCUGUCCUCGCCCCCUGCCGGCUACAGCUCUGCAGGACAGAAGCCCGAGGCUGUGGUGCAUGCCAUGAAGGUCCUGGAGGUGCACGAGAACUUGGACCGGCAGCUCCAGGACAGCUGUGAGGAGGACCUGAGCGAGAAGGAGAAGGCCAUCGUCCGCGAGAUGUGCAACGUGGUCUGGAGAAAACUGGGAGAUGCCGCCAGCUCCAAGCCCUCCAUCCGGCAGCACCUGUCUGGGAACCAGUUCAAGGGGCCUUUGUAGGGCUGUUCCUCCAUGGAUGUGGACUGGCCCUGCCCGCAGAGCCCAGACAUGGGCAGGCCCUCGCGCCGUCUUUUUCUGUGGUGAAUUGUACAUAGGACGCCGCCCACUGUGGCCCGGCUGCCGUGGGUCCAACGCAUCAACGGUCGGGCCUCCAUCCCCCGCCUCUCACACACCAGCAAACUGGGAAGAUAAGAAGCUGCUGACUGUUCCCCGCGCGGCAGAGCGGCCUGGAGCCUCGUUCCCGCUCUGGGGCUGGCGCUCUGGGCCCCACUGGCGAGAGGCCCGGGAACCAGCCCAGGCUGUGCCCAGCUUUGAUGGAGGGGCACCUCCUCAAGCCCUCCACCCCCCUAGCUGCCACCGGCACUGGACAGAGGCCACUGGCAGCUGGCCCUGAUGCAGGGGCCCUACUUCUCGCCCACCUGCUGUGGCCUGAACGCUGGCUCACCAAGCACUGGGGCCCCUGAAAGAUGCACAAGGAAACUCACCGUGUCCAUGGCUGGCUGGAGGCUCUGAGGCCCUUCCUGUGGCCUCUGUGCCAGCCCCUCUGUGGCCAGCUGCUGCUUGUUUUUAGAGUUGAUGCCCCUCCCCCCCCCCCGCCCAGCAAACUCUCUGCAAUGUCCCCUUGCCCUGUGCCAGGUGGUGCCCUGUCUUUGGGUCCCUCCUGCCCAGUGUCUGCAGCAUCCCCAAUUCUGUGGUUCCCAGGCUGGGCCAGGAACGUAGGAAGGCCCUGUGGAGAGUCUCUGGGCUGAGCCACAUGCUCUUUCUCUCCAGAUGGGUAGCACUGGCCCAUGGCUGCACCUCUGGCCAGCUGCAGUGGCCCCAUCCUAGGUCACUGUGGACAGAGCUGCAUGGCCUCAGAUGACAAGAAUUCUGCCCUCCUUGGAAGGAGCCUGACCUGGCUCUGGCUUUAAUUUGCUGUGUGACCUUCAGCAAGUCACUCAGCCUCUAUAGGCCCCUGGUGGAAAAAUAUGGCCUCAGUGGUUCGUUCAGCUGUGCUCACCAUUUGAGGCCAUCAGCUCUGUCGGCCUGUGCCCUCGUUCACAGCACACACACGGAAGGGGUCCGCCUGCUGGAGAGGCCGCGGGCCGCGUGGGCUGGGCGGAGCUGGGGCCCCAGCGAGUUCUGCUGCCUCAUCGCGGGCGGACCGUCACCUCCCCUCUCUGAGCCUCAGUGUCCUCCACUGUAGAAUGGGCAGCAGAAUGCCCUCCUUGCAGGGCUCUGGGGAUAAUGAGACCAUCAGUGUAAAUGACCAUGCACAAACUGUAAAUUGCCAUAGGUCAGUUUCUGUGUGUGGGGGGAACAUGAGGCCCAGGGGGAUAAGUGAUCUGUGGCACAUUACAAAUGAGAUCCCAGACCCUGGAAGGAGGUACGGUCACCAUUAAUGCUGUCAUAACCAGUCCUGGUGUCCACUCAUGUUUGUCCAGUUCCUCACCCAGCCUCGGACUUCAUCACUCUUCCCGUGGUACUGAGCACUGCAUGCAGCAAGCACUUGAAGAGCCCAGAGAGGUGCCUUCGCAUCAGGCGGGCCUUGUCCAGGCCCAUGUGAGGGAUGGGGCCCAGGCAUGGGGGUGGAAGGGGCCACCCUGUCCCUCUCCCCAGUGGGGACUCUGAGCAGUUCCUGCGGUUCGCCAUUGGCACCGCUGGGUUGUACACUCUCAGGCGAAAGGCUCGUGGCCCUCAUCGUACCCAGGGGUGCUAAGUAGGUGACAGGCUUGUUCCUCUUGCCCUGGGUAUUACAGGGAGCUCUGGGCUCUUUCUGGAAGGAGCUUACCAUCAGGUCAGGUGGUGAGCUCCCUGUCACUAGGGGUGUGCACUUGGAGCUGGUGAACAUCCUUGGUCAUGGUACUGGGCAAUUCUUGCUCAAGUGGGCAGUGAGGGCAGAGGCCCCCUCUGGGUCUUGGAGUCCAGAGAACCACAGAGCAGCCCCAAGGGGGUGUGGGUCCAUUUUGGGUGGGAGCCAAGUCUCGGAGCCCAUUCGUCAUGGCUGGGUUGGGUUGGCUUGGCCACCCCUGAAAAUAAGCAAUAAGUAAGCGCUCCUGGUAUCUGCAAACCUCCUGCAGACUGUCCCCGGGAAGAACAGCCUUGAAGGGCCCUUGCCCCUCUGCAGGGGAGUGACUGUCCCUCACGCUGCGGGGGUGUCCAGGUGGAGCACUUCUGGCCCAAGAACCCUCCUGCCUGCCGUGGAGGUGGCACAAGCCAGGUGCAGACGCCUCCUUCCCACCCUUUCACCAGCGCUGCGCGGGAUGGCUGUCCAGGACAGAACUGUACCUGGGACAGUCAUCUCCCUAACGUAACAACCUGUUAAACAAAAGCCAGCAGCCCUCUCCCGACCCCACACCCGGGGACAGCAGGCAAUUCAGCAGGAGCCCACAUGCGGGGGAGGGUCCCAGGGGCCUCACCACAGGGGGAGCCGGAGGCCAGCUCAGGGCGAUUCCCAGCUCUGCCACUGUUAGUGUGCUAGUGUAGGUAGGGGGACAUGGGGCGACCCUCCUCCCCGCCGGAGCCUUAGGGCUGGAAGCGCGUGGUCAGGGUGGGGUGUUGCCGAACUUGGCGUCCUUUCAUAAAGGUCCCUCUCUGUCUCACAAACUGAUUCUAGAGCCUGAAGCCCAGUGUGACACCUGUACUGUGGCUUCAGUUCCCACUGUGACCGAGGCCACCCUUCCAGCCUCACCUCAGGUGGCCAAGACCAUCCUGGAAUCGGAAUCUGCUGAGCACAUUUUUUAGGGUGGCACAUUUUUAUCCAAAAGUUAUUAGCUACACAUCAGUGUUUAAAGAGAAGAAAGUGACCUUUCAUUUUUUUUCCUUGAAAACUUGAGAGGAAACAACAUACUACUGAUUUUUUUUUUUUUAAAGAUACAAAGUAAAUGCAUGACUGCAGAGCGGUAGAGGUGUAUAUUUUUCAUAAUGUGGGGGGAAGUAUUUGUGCUGCUUUCUGGAAACGGGCUGGAACGUCUGGUUCCUGUCCCCGGCCGGCAGCCAUGCUCUAUUUUCUGUAGAACGUGACGCCGUGAGAACGGGCCAGCCCCUCCCCGGCUCCGGGCAGAGCUGGGACUCCUGUGCCCGUUUCUACCUUCUAUCGAACCACUUUGAUUUGCGAAGAGAAAAAGAAAUAGAACUUUUUGAUAGUGUGGUAAAAACAUUGAUUUGAACUAUUUUAGUAAAAGGAGUAACAGAGAGAAUUGUGAUAGUGUCUACUUUGCGCUAGAUAAAUAAAGGCUCUUUGCAAGCCUC